CAGAGGCAAGAGGGGUGGAGCUGGGGAGGGUCGGGCAGCCCCAGCACCUCAGGCUACUGCGCCUUGGUGGGGAACUCUCCUGUGGCUGCUGAUGAACACCCGGGCUCUGGUCUCCUGUAGACCUCCGCCCGGGCACGGGAGCAAGGGGAGGCUGCAGGCAGCUCCGGGGGCCUUGGUAGGAAGUUGGGAGGGUCGGGACAGUCCCUCUGGGGUGGCCCAAGCAGGGCACAGGGCGGGGAGCCAGGCUCUUCGGGGCCCCACCCCAGGCUGGCCCUGCACCGCAUCCUGCCUUCUCUCCCCACUGUGGGCCCAGAACUUGCCCCGUGGGGGCCGGGAAGCACCCACCACCCCCACCCCUAGCUGCUCUCAGCCAGAGCCCAGCUGGACUUGCAGGAUUGAUUUUCCAGCAAAAAACAACAGCAGAGAAACCCAAGAGCAGCUGCAUGAGCCCUCCCAGGCCUCCCCCCGCAGCCGGCACUCCCUGCAGCAAAGAAAACCAUCUGGCCACUGGGCCCUGAGCCCGGCGCCCGGAGGAGGACCUCUGCCUCGCUGAGCAGCUCUGCUCCCCAGGCUGGCCCUGGGCCUCUCCCGGCCUGACCCGCUCCCCUUGGCAUCAAGCCCCAGGAGGGAUGGGGUGGCCCGGCCAGGGCGUGGGUGUUCCCUGGCCCCUCUGAGCACCAGCACCUGGUGAGUCUACUCCUGCUUCCCCAAGCCCUUGACCACUCCCCUGGACAGCCUCAGCCACCCCCUGACCCGACCUUCAAACAGCGGCCAAGGGCUUCCCAUGUAGGGUCCGAAAACAUCCCUGAUAGGCAGGACAUGAGACUUGAACAAUAUAAGGUUAGGUGCAUCUGUAAUCGCGGCGCGUGGUUAGGCAGCCGGACCCUCUGGAGCAUGUGUAAGCGUGGCGCAUGCAAACAGCGGCUCUUCCGGGUGGCCUCUCUGCUGCCCUUUCUUUUUUAAAGCAGCUACUGACCCCGUUGGUCAGUGGUAGCAGUGUCUGUAGGAUCCCACUGUGGAGGGCUCGCCACUCACUCUCCAGGUCCCUGAUGCAAGCUGGCUCCAGCUGGGGGUGCCCACUGUGGGGACGCCGGAGCCAGCCGGGGCCAGGGCUAUGGACACUGGUGGGACGGAGGGUGUCGAGCAGCCAGACUCACCCACAUCCCUCCCAGCCCCUACAGGUGUCUAGGCCUCCGGCCUCCACCCCCUCUGUGUAGUGGGCAGUCACACCUGGCGGGGCCCGGCUGCCUGCCCAGACAGCAGGUUCUGAACAGCAGCCCUGGUGUCCCAGGUCAGCCUCUGCCCAGCCCCACAUUCACCUGACAGUGCCUCCCUGGCACUGCCCUGCACCUGCCCACACCUGCCCACACCAACUCCAGCCUCCUCCCCAUGCUCCCCACCCGCCCUGCACCUGCUCACACCUAACCCCAUCCACUCCCAAAUGACACCAUCCACCCCCACCCACCUCCAAUUGCCCCACACCUGCCCCACCCCUGCCCCCGCUGCCUCUUCUCCUGUCCCUAUCUCCUCCCACCCUCCAUGUGUCUCCCACCUAUCCCCUCACCUGCUCACACCUGCUCACACCUGUGUGCCCCUCACCUGUGCACUCAUGGUCAAAGCCAUCUGCUUUUACACCUACCCCACACCUGGGGUUCGCCUUAGACUGGGGUUUGUUCUCUGCUGUUGGUGGGGCCCCGGCUCUUCUGCCCCCUGAGGGAGACCUCACAGGGCAAGGCCGCUUCCCCACCAUAAGCCUCAGGCCCUGCCUCCCCUCUCCGCCUGCAGAGCUGAGCCUGGGGAGGCUCCUUCUAUUCCAAGAGCCCCACUCAGCCUGCUGGGUCCCCAUUCCCUGAGGAGCUGCUGCUUUUGCUGGGCGCCCCAGCCCUCCCACAGGGGACACAUCUGUCCUGGAGAGACCACCUAGGGAGGCAUUUGCUGUUGGUCCCUGCCCUGGGCCCUCCAGGUCACUCCCUCUUCUCGUCUGUCACAGCAUGGCCCUCUGGCCCCACAACCUGGGCUGCCGGCCUCCCCCUGCCCUGGCAGAGCAGUGGUGGGGCCAGACCAAGGGCUGACAACCGCCAGCCCCUUCAGCUCGGCCUAGGCCCACAGUCAGCCCAGGGGAGCUGGGGGCUGCGGCUGGGCAGGUGAGUGGCACCCGCAGACCCUGGGCAGGGCCCUCUACAGUCCUGGGUGCCCUGAGAGGCUGCUGGGGUCCGGCUGCUGCCCGCUGGCUCCCGUGGGGGCACACAUGAGGAGCAGGGAAGGGGGCAUCCUCCUGUUCAUGGCCCCAGGUCAGCCUUGGGUAGGGCAGGGUCACCCUGACAGCCCCCAGCCCAGUACCAGGGGAGGAGACCAGGCAGGAGAAGCCCUCCCUGGAAAUGCAAACCCAAUGCUGGGUGUGGCCUCCUCCCAAAAGCUCCGCCCCCCACCAUACUGGGGGUGGCCUCCUCCCAAAAGCUCCGCCCCCAACCCCCCACUCCCUGGUCAGGGUUGGGGGCCUGGAGGGAGACAGAGGCCAGGAGGCAGCCAGGGGAGCUAGGGGUGGGCAUCAGGGGCGGAGCAUGGCUUCCUGCGGCCCCAACCCCCAGGCCCGAGCGAGGAGGUCUCAGAGGCCCCUCCUGGACCUUUCUGCCCAUCCAAGCUGAGGGUCCCAGUUUGUCGGCCGAGGGCCUGCACAGCUUCAGGGGUGAGAGGGGCCCCUGGUGGGGCCUGGUCAGGUGUUUGUGGGUAGGGCAUCUGAAUGAGGGAGCGUGGGCGGGCCUGGAGGCCCUGGGGCCGUGGUGACGCCAGCAUCUCCCCUGAUCAACACCAAAUGAUGCCCCUCCCUGGGCCCCCACCCUCCCCAAGGCUGCCGCAGGCACUGCUGGCAAAAGCCUGGGAUGCUUGGGCUGGCAGCAGGGAAGGCCAGGCGGCUCCAAUGGGGCCUCUGGGGACAGGAUUGCGGGAGGCCAGGAUCCUCGUUUUUAACUCUGAACCUUAGCACCUCUGCAGGGUCCACCAGGUGCUGGGCACGGCUCUCCCUGGACAAAGCCCACAGCUCCACGGGUGCCAGCUGCAGUUCUAGUAAAGAUGUGGACAUGGAAACCGAGGGGCAGGGUUUGCCCCUGGAUGCAGCUGCUCCAAGGAGGUCCCAGCUCAAAGGUGCCUCCCCCGUGCCCAGUUCAGGCAUCGGGCCUCAGCCAGCGCCACCUCCUAUGUCCAGGAGCUCCAGGCAUGGCGUCUUCCCCAGGACCUCAGCCGGGUGCUGUCUCCACCCACAGCCAGUUCCUGUCCAUGUGCCCCCAGGGCCCUGCCCUGUGCAAAGUCUGGUCAGCGUUACGGGGAGGGCGUGGCGAGGGCACAGGGAGGGGACAGCUGGGUCUUCCGCCUUAGCCACAGGGACAGGCCAGGCCUCACAGCCAAGAGCCCCGGGAAGAGCUGCAUGCACACGGCUGGAGAGAGGCUCUGCACCCGAGCACAGCCUGCUGCGACUCCUCAUAGACUCGGAAAAUUGAUUCGAAGGCAGAGGUGAGUUUAGGAGGGUGGCUGUGCACAAAAUUCAGAGUCAGGAAUCAGCAUCUUUCAAAUUCAAGCACUUCCAGUUAGGAGAGACAAUGAAGAAAGAAAAGGCACCAUUCCCAACAGCAACAAAAAUUGUAAAUUUCUAGGAGCAAACGGCGGGCAGAUCUAUACCUGUUAUAGAGGGUCUGAGGCCUGACUGAGGACCACAGACCAGCAACAAGCCCGGUCUGUCCUGGGCGUCACGAGGUGCCAUCCCCCGUGCUGGCCGGCUGCCACAGCGGGGCCAAUUAAAACACCGGAGAACCCUGGAAUCAGGUAUAUUGAUUGUGAAGUUAACGUGGAAAAAUAAGUAAGAAAACUAAGGAAAUUCUGGAACAAAAGAUGAACAAGGGAACUGUGGCCACCAGCUUUUAACACACACUGGAGGCUGCACCUAGUCAGCCCCGUGUGGAGCUGGCGCGUGGGUCGCUCACAGUAACAACGCGAACGGUGAACACACGGGCAUUACAGACACGCCAAAGGGACGUUUUGAAUCAGUGAGGGGCUGUGUUCAGAUCAGCAGUGCAAAGCCACCCUCCCGGGUCUGUAUCCUGCAGUGAGGGGCUGUGUUCAGAUCAGUGGUGCAAAGCCACCCUCCCGGGUCUGUAUCCUGCAGACAGUCCGUGCCCGUCUAAUAUUCUGGGGACCCCUGCACAUCAGGCUGAGGUCAUGGGGUCACACAGUAGCAUUUCUCUGCAUUUCUGGCUAAUGACUGAGCAGAAAGGAUGUGUAUCGGCUCCAGGGUAAGGCAGUGAAAAACCAAUGUGCUAAAGAACUCUCACAGCUCAGCAAUACAAAGAUAAACAACCGAGUUAAAAAAUGGGCAAACUGGGAGAGGCCGGGCGCAGUGGCUCACGCCUGUAAUCCCAGCACUUUGGGAGGCCGAGCUGGGGGGAUCAUUUGAGGUCAGGAGUUUGAGACCAGCCUGGCCAACGUGGUGAAACCACAUCUCUGCUAAAAAUACAAAACUUAGCCACCACGUGGUGGCAUGCGCCUGUAAUCCCAGCUACUCAGGAGGCAGAGGCAAGAGAAUUGCUUGAACCUGGGAGGCAGAGGUUGCAGUGAGCUGAGAUCGCGCCACUGCACUCCAGCCUGGGCGACAGACAGAGACUCUAACUCAAAAAAAAAAAAGGCAAAAGAAUUUGAAUAGAUGUUUUUUCCAAAUAAUAUAUGCGACCAGCCAACAAGCUCAUGACAAGCUGCUUAACACCAUUAGCCACCAGGAAAAUGCAAAUAAAAACCACACGAGACCACACCUCACACCCACUGGGAUGGCUGGAACCAAAAGCAUCACAGGUGUCAGGGCGGAGACGUGGGAACCUCACAUGCGGCUGUUCUGUUCUUCAAACUGUGAAGCCGAAUUCCAUGUGACCCAGCAAUCCCACUCCUGGGUACACAUCCCCGAGAAUCAGAAACAAAAGCUUAUCCACACAAAAGCUCAUCCACAAAUGUUCCUGGUAGCAUUAUUCACAAUAGCCCAAAGGUGGGCACAGCCUACAUGUCCAUCGGCUGAGGGACAGAUGGGCACAUUGUGGCCUGGCCCCACACUAUUCUUCACCCGUAAAAAGGAAUGAAGCUCUGGCCCAUGCUCCAAAGUGGAUGAACCUCGCAAACAUUUGCCAAGUGAAGGAGGUCAGACGCAGACGGCCACAUAUCACAUGAGACCAUUUAUGUCAAAUGUCUGGAAUGGGCAGGUCCACGGGGACACAGAGUAGACUCCCAGCUGCCCGGGGCUGGGGGCGAGGGCACAGCUGGGGGAAAAUGGGAAGGGUCUUGGUCCAUCCCCGCUGCUGUAACAAAACACCUCAGACUGAGUAAUUUAUAAGCAACAGAAAUUUAUUUCCUGUAGUUCUCAAGCUGGGGAGUCCAAGAUCCAGGUGCCAGCAGGCUGGGGUCUGCUGAGGGCAGCUCCAAUGGCGUAUCCAGCCUCACAUGGCAGAAUUCGGAGGAAAAACAGCCAAGCUAGUUCCUUCUAGCCCUUUUAUAAGGGCUCUGAGGACAGAAUCAUGGCAAGGGAUGGGACCCUGGGGCACCUUUGGGACCGCAGAGCUCACUGCCUGCCUGGGUCUCCCCCAAUCCUGGCCCAGCCCUCCUUGGCCGCCCCAGCCAUGGCUCAGGCAGGCGCAAGCGCAGCUCCAACCGUUGCUCCCAAAGGCACAUGCGGUGGGCCUUGGCGGCAUCCACGCGGCGCUGACGCUGCAGGCGAUGGUGGCCUCCACCCAGAUUUCAAAGCAUGUUGCUGACAGCCUUGGGGCCCAGGCAGAGGCUCAUUGUGGGGUUGGAGCUGCCUCGGAGUCCCCACCGAGGCAAUGCUCACCGGAGCUGAGGUGGGGGCUGCCUCCGAGAUCCCAGGACUGCAGGGCCACCAGCGAGCAAGCACAGCCUGGGAGAGCAGCAGGCAGGAGACUCUGACCCAUGAGUGCUGAGCUGAGUGGGCUGAGCCCAGAGAAGCCGUGGGGGCCCAGCCCUGCCCCCGUGUGUAUGGAAGGUGGGCAGGGAGUCCAAGAUCAUCCCCUGUUCAUGUAUCCUACGAGUCCUGUCCCUCUAGAGAAUGCUGACUCAUACGAUUUUGUAUGUGAGAGUGGUGAGUACUGGGCCCGGCGUGCAGUGCCGUGGUUGGAACGUUUGCGUCCUCUAAAGCUCAGGCUGAAACUUAGACCCCGUGCAGUGCCGGGAGGUGGGGCCUGAUGGGAGGUGUUUGAUCCACUCACGAGGCAGAGCCCUUGUGACUAAAGCCACCAUGAAAAGGGCUGGUGGGGCAGGCCCACCCUCCAGCCGGUGAGGAUGCGACGUGCAAGGGCCAUCGUGGAAGAGGAGAACCCAACCUUGGCCUCCAGACGGGGAGGCAGGAAGUCUCUGUUGAUAAACUGCUGUCUGACGUUCUGUUGUGGCCGCACUCAAACCGUGGUGGGGAGCGGUUGCUAACAGGCACAGGACGUCUUCUGUGGAUGAUAAACGUGUUCCGGAAUGAGAUGAGUGGGGAUGGUUGCACAACUUCGUGAAGAUACUAAAAACCACUGAAUUGUACACUGUAAAGAGUGACUUGUGUGCAUGUGAAUUUCAUCUCAAUGAAGCUGUUCUGCGGGAGCCAGGUGAAGCACUGUGGAGGCCACGGCUCAAGAAGGCAGCACCGGCUGGGCGCAGUGGCUCACGCCUGUAAUCCCAGCACUUUGGGAGGCCGAGGUGGGUGGAUUACGAGGUCAAGAGAUCGAGACCAUCCUGACUAACACAGUGAAACCCCGUCUCUACUAAAAAUACAAGAAAGUUAGCCGGGCGUGGUGGCCGGCGCCUGUAAUCCCAGCUACUCAGGAGGCUGAGGUAGGAGAAUGGUGUGAACCCAGGAGGCGGAGCUUGCAGUGAGCCGAGAUCACGCCACUGCACUAUAGCCUGGGUGACAGAGCAAGACUCUGUCUCCAAAAAAAAAAAAAAAGGCAGCAUCAGAAAACCAGAAACUGCACGUGGACCUCAGUGUGGCAGGCACUCCCGGGGUGCAGACGGGGUGAAGGUAGCCUUCUCUGUGGUCACAUGCAUGUAACGGCACCUUCUCUCUCAGGGCCUCCUCCCUCCCUGCGUGGUUUGGGGGCUGUUCCUGAUAGCACAGAUGCCCUGGUCACAAACACCUGCCUGCGUUGCUGACCACAGGCCUGGCCUGGAGAAACCCACACCCUCUUCAGGGAAGCGAGCAAGGGGCUUGGCAGUGCCUGAAGCCAGUGGGCUGGGGACUCGUGGCCGGGACACUCAGGGCAGGUAGGGCGGGCAUGGGGCCCCAGCAUGGCACAGGGCCAGACCCACCCCCUCUUUGUCACUGCCCACAUACUGCGGGGGGAGGUGGAGGAACUGGGGCACCUGCAUUUGGCCUGCAGGGAAUCUGGGUCCCGCUGGCUGUGGGUGACCGCAGAGGGCCAUGUGGGCAGAGUGCAUCCAUGGGCGCCCCAGGCCAACCUCGUCAGGGUGGGAGGGGGAAGGGCCAGGAAGCCUCAGCCCAGACCAGGUAUGGUGGGAACAGUCCACACGGGAGGGGCCAGAACCGUCUAGAAGGCCCUGGUGUACAGGUCUGCUGCAACAGAGCCAGGAGGGCACGGGGGUGCCCACAUCCAGGGCAGAGGCACCACGUGGUGCUCAGUCAGUGGUCGGGGUCAGGCCUGGUUGGUGGCAUCGAGGACACUGCAGGCUUGGCCCCACCUCCAGGAGCUGGGCUUCCUCCACGUGCUCACAGCAAAGGCAGGGACCAGAGGGACCAGAGGGGUGGGGGGCUGCACCCACCCUCUCCUCUCUGCUCCCCUCCCCCUUACCACCCCGUCCAGCGAUGUCCACGCAGAUGGGAGAGUUGUGAGGUGCGUCCACACCUGGCCUGCAGUGGCUGCCCAGCUUCCUGCUAGGGAGAUGGGGCCGGUGCUGAUGGGGAACAGCUGUUGUGGGGGCAGCCAGAGGAAACCACGUUCCUGUGGGGCCGUGCGCCGUUUCUCCUGGAAUAACUGGAGGUGAUUUCAUGGAACCUGGAGGCUGGGCUUCAGGCUGGGGGAAGCGGCUCCAGACUGGGUCUUCUCCGUGGCUCUGCCCCCCUGCUCUCCUUGCUUGAGUGGUUGAGUGGUGGGGGCCCUGCAUCCUCUCAUGCCCACCCCCACCUUUCUCGCCAAAUUGUCGGAGGCUUUUGUCACCUGGAGACACUGUUCCUGCCAGCUCCAGCCCCUUCUCCUGCGAUGAUGUUGCCCUGUCCCUGCUGCGGCGAGACCAUGUUCCAGCCAGGCCAGGCCCUGACCAAGGGCUAACCACGGAAUGCACGUGGCAACACGGGCCACGUCUCACAUGUGGUCUUGGAAAACAUGGCCCCUCCUCUCCUGCCCUGGCCCCGGCCCCUCCUGCCAGCUGGACGUGGGCAUUUCUGCACCCAGUAGAACCCCGCAGCCAGGAAAGAUGCCUGGAAGGCUAGAGGAGAGGCGUGAUGGGGCGACCCCAUGUGUGGCGACAGAGCAGCACACCCAGCUAUUCUCAGCCACCAUGUGGGAGAGAAAUGACGCCUCUGUCGAGCUCCCCAUGGCCGGAGCUGCUCCAUACAGCAUCCUAACCUUCACCCCAACUACUCAGUUGCCAUGGCAAAGGGAAUAUUUUGACUCCCUUUUUUUUAAAUUUCCAGGUGAUUAUUGCUAGGAGUGGGAAGUU